UCUUCCGCAAAGCGGGGCGGGGAUUGGCGGCGGCCUUCAGGCGGGGCAGCAUGGCGGACGGCGAGACCUGGCGGCCGCCGCGGUCGUGCGAGGACUACUGGUGGGAGUGGAAGCACUGCCGCGGGCUGCGGCACGCCUUCCACCACUACUACGCGCACGGGGAGCUGCCGGCCUGCGACCGUUGGCGGGACGACUACGAGGCCUGCCGCGCCUGGGAGAGCAGGCGCGACGCCGCCGCGCAGGAAGCUUUGUGCAAGAGUGAAAGAGCUCGAGUUAUGGAAAAACAGAAAUAUGCUUCAGUGUGGACUCUCAGGAAGACACCACCCCCUGACUGGUAUCUUCCACUUGACCAAGACAAACCAAAAUAGCAAGGCUGUUUUUCUGUGUUCCGUCAGUAAUGUAACAUACAAUGUAGAACUAUGUGGGGUUUUUUUCUUCCAUGUCAUCCUGAAAUUAUAUUGUAGCUCUGCCCUGCAAUACUUUAGUACUCAUUCAAAAAUACUGAGAGUUUAUUUAAACACCCAGUAUUUUUUUAAAGGGAGAAGUGAUGUCCUUUAUUUGAUUCUGAUCUCUUACUACUGUCUUAUACUUUAAUUUCAGUAACUCAGUAGACAACUCCCAAAUUAGUACAUACAUAACCAAGCUCCUCUUGCUAGAGGAGGACCUCUUCCCCUACCAGCUGGUGUUACAUACUUUUGAAACAAAGUACCCGCCCCAGGCCUGCCAGAUGGGAAAACAAAAGCAAGCUGGGAGUCCUCCCUGCCAGUUCAGGACAAUCACAACCACUGGCAUUUAAAAUGCAUUUCCAAGAUUCCUUAUUGUUGUGGGUUAAGAUCUUCUCACCUGGUGGGGUGAUGCAGACCCUGAAACUGCAACCCUGCUCCUUCGUGGAGCUGCUCUUGAACGGUGAUGUGUAUUGAUGGCAGUAUUCAAAAUUACUACAAAAAUAAAGGUUUAAAUAUCUGAAGAAA